AUGGAAUACCGGCCCUCCGAUAGCAGCGGAACUGAUGAUGAUCUUCCACAAUUUCCACAUAGUAGGAGUAUCAGAGGCAGCGGACGUGUCAGUGGUAAUGGGAGAUCUCUGGUUCCUGCUGCCAGUUCAUAUGCUAGGGCACCAACUGAUAUGGAAGCACAAAUUCAACAACUUGAGCAAGAAGCAUAUUGCUCAGUCCUUCGUGCAUUCAAAGCCCAGUCUGAUGCCAUUACAUGGGAGAAGGAAGGUCUCAUGACUGAACUUAGGAAGGAGCUAAGAGUAUCUGACAAAGCACACAGGGAGCUGUUAAAUAGAGUCAACAACGAUAAUAUUAUAUGUAGCAUAAGGGAAUGGAGAUCAACAGGAGGGCUUCAGGCAAGCCUGUCCAAUAACCCACAACCGAUUCAUGACCCUGUUCCCAGUCCUACCACCUCUGGCCGUAAGAGACAAAAGACAUCUCAAUCUGUUCCUGCUUUACCUGCAAUGCAUUCACAGCAGCUGGCUACACCAACACAGCCAUCGUCUUCAACUGCUAGGAAAUCAGUCCCCCCAGGCCCUAAAGGCAAAAAGACGAAACCAGGUCAGAAGGUACCAGGUGGCUCUGCAGCCAAGCCCAUGUCAUCUUCAGCAGGUCCUAGUGGAAGAGGACCACACAUGAAUAGGAAUUUUCCAGGUGGUUCUGCUCCUGAAGCUCAAGCUCAGAAUCUCGAUCCAUUGGUUGGUCGUAAAGUGAUGAGUCGGUGGCCUGAAGAUAAUAGUUUCUAUGAAGCAGUCAUAUCCGAUUAUAAUGCUGAAACGGGCCUUUAUGCGCUGGUUUAUGACAUCAAUACGGCAAAUGAAACCUGGGAGUGGGUUGAUCUUAAAGAGAUGGGGCCUGAAGACAUAAGAUGGCAAGAGGAUGACUCUGGGAUAGACCCUGUGACAUAUCUGCGCAGCCGAGGUGCCCCAACUAGUGGGGUUAGGAAGCCAACAGGUCGCGGUGGGCCCAUGCCAGGUUCUGGAAGAGGAAGAGGAUUACACAAGAACAUGUCUAAGAAAGAUUUUCCACCUCCACAAAAUGGUGUUGGCAAGAGAAGUUCUGAUGACAUUGAUAUCCUUCAUACCGAGAGCCUAAUAAAAGAGGUGGAGAAAGUUUUUAGCGUUAGCAAUCCUGAUCCACAGGAAGUAGAAAAGGCAAAGAAAGCACUGAAGGAGCAAGAACAGUCGUUGAUUGACGCGAUAGCAAGGCUUGCUGAGGCAUCAGAUGGUGAAAGUGAUGGGCACAAUCGUGGGCGAAGGAACUUGUAUGCUGGUAACCAGCAUCAAGCAAACUACGUUGAUGCCAAGCCCGUUGGUGACCAAGCUGAUGCCAUGUAA